AUGGUGUCAGAAGUGUCCUUCGUCCCACGUUUCGAACGCCGAUAUUAUGGAAGGCCUGCGAGCUCCAGCAGGACUGAGUUUCGCAGCCGGGGGCAGCAAAAUCAUCGGGACGCUCUGACGCUCAAAAAGGUAGCGUUGCUUCUUCACGUAGCGGGAGAAGAGGCACAAGAAGUGUAUCAAACUUUUGACCUUCCGGAAGGCACAUCAUUUAACGAGGCGCUCCGGAAGUUCGAGGAUUAUUGCAUACCUAAGAAGAAUGAGACCUACGAAAGGUAUAAGUUCAGGAUACGAAUUCAGGAGGAGGGUGAGACUUUGGAAGCUUUCUAUCGCGAUUUACGCAUUCAAGCAAAGUCAUGUGCAUUUGCUACGUUGGAAGAUUCAAUGAUCCGAGAUCAAAUUGUUUAUGGAAUUACAAACAAGAAACUGCGCCAACGGCUCCUCAGAGAGACUGACUUAAGCAUGGAUAAGGCAGUUACUAUGUGCCGAGCGAGUGAAAUAGAGACACUUCGCAGCCUCACGUUCGAAGAAAAAGAGAAGGGGGUUGACAAGGUAAAUGCAACGCGGAACUGGACCCGAGAACAACACAGUGACCGGGGUGCGGAUCGUCGGUGCGGGAACUGCAACUUCGUUCAUCGUCAUGGCACCUGCCCUGCUUUUGGAAAGAUUUGUCGACGUUGCCAGAAGUACAACCACUUUGCUUCCUGCUGCCGAGCAGCAGUGAAUGACAUAAGUGCCGCACCUGUUGAGGACAGCAUAGAGGAGUUUUCCGUCCUCGAGAUCGGCAGCUGCACAUCGCAAGGGCCAAACUGGAUCAUCUCAGCACAUGUAUCCGGACAUCCUAUUUCCUUUAAGGUUGACACCGGAGCACAGGCUAAUUUGCUGCCGAGAUCCUGGGUGCAGCGAAAUGUGCCCAGGGCCGAAGUUCGGCAUACCAGCGCGAGACUACGAAGUUACAGCGGAGGAGUAAUCGCACACUGUGGGGUCACUACGCUGCAGAUGGCAUAUAAUGGGAAUACGGAUCCCGUGCAGUUCUUUGUUGUAAAAAAAGCGCGGACACCAAUCCUCGACCUCUCAGCAUGUGAACAAUUCAAACUCAUCAGCCGAGUUGGCGCUGUGCUUCACAUGACUGACGAAGGAAGAAAGAUGUUGAACGACUUCCCCCGUGUUUUCCGGGGCCUAGGAUGCGUCAACCGAACGUACAAAAUGGAGCUUAAAGAAGGGACGGUUCCUGUGGUACAGCCAGCUCGUCGAAUACCGCAUGCUCUUCGACGACCGGUAGAACAGGAGCUUCACCGCCUGGUUGACGCAGGAAUCCUAAGGAAGGCCGACGGCCCAACUGACUGGGUUAGUCCAAUGGUCAUAGCACGAAAGAAGAACGGACAGCUGCGACUUUGCCUGGACCCGAGGCGCAUAAAUGAGCACUUAAAACGGGAACACUAUCAGUUACCAAAACGAGAGGACAUCCAAGCGGAACUUGCCGAUGCGCGGGUUUUUUCCACCUUAGACGCCAAUUCGGGAUAUCACCAGAUUCCCUCGACGAAGAAACCGCCAAGAUUUGUACUAUGGGCACGGCGUUUGGACGAUAUCACUACCUCAGGCUCCCGUUUUGUAUAUCAUCAGCCCCCGAAGUUUUUCAUGGCCAACAUAUUUGAAGGACUACUCGGUGUUAGAGUCUACAUCGACGACAUUCUAGUCUGGGGUAAGACGCAGCAGGAACACAACGAACGCUUACGCGCGGUACUGAUUCGGGCACAGGAGCAGCACCUGACACUUAAUCUGGAAAAAUGCAAUUUUUCCAGAACGGAAGUAGAAUUUCUGGGUGACGUCAUCUCCAGCGAGGGGAUAAGACCCAGUCCGCAGCUCAUCAGCAGUGUACAAGAGUUUUCGCACCCAACUGACAAGAAACAACUACAUCGAUUUCUAGGACUGAUAAACUACUUUGGAAAGUACAUACCAGACCUAGCUACAAAAACAGAACAACUGAGAGCCCUGCUCCGGGAAGACAGCAUUUUCGAAUGGAGCCCAGCGACUCAGAAAGAAUGGUCGCAUCUUAAGCAAGCACUCACAACGGCCCCUCUCCUAGCUCUGUUUGACCUGCACAAGCCCACUAAGGUGGCCACCGAUGCAUCGAGGGUAGGCCUGGGAGCACCACCCUUUCAGAAACAUCAACAGGGAUGGCGUCCAGUGGCUUAUGCUUCUCGGGUACUGUCUGAAUCAGAAACCCGCUAUUCCCAGAUAGAAAAGGAAGCACUUGGAAUUGUAUUCGGCAUGGAAAAGUUCCACGACUUCGUCUACGGCAGACAGAUACUGGUGGAGACGGACCAUAGACCACUGUUAGCAAUUUCGAAGAAGGCCAUCGGCGAUAUGCCACCGAGACUCCAGCGUUUUUUCUUGCGCUUGAUGAGGUACGAUUUUCAGUUGCUUUACGUCCCGGGAAAAAACUUGAUCGUCCCCGACGUGCUAUCACGGGCCCAUGGAAAUAACUCAGAGUCCGCCCAUGUAGCCUGCAAUGACGUCGAAGUCCAUGCUAUCGAGACUCGCAAGAGCCUUGUUAGUGAAGCAACAGCAGCACGAAUAGCCCUUGAAACUGCGAAGGACUCCACACUGCGUAACAUUACGGAGCAACUGGAAAACCACCAACCCAUCAUGGGAGAGUUCAAUACAGUGCAGUCUGAACUGACCGUGGUUGAUGGACUUCUGUUCAAAGGCACGAAGGUUGUAGUACCGACAAGCAUGAGAUCAGAGAUGCUUCAGCGAAUUCAUGAUGGACACCUCGGUAUUAAUAAAUGCUUGAUAAGGGCUCGCCAGCUGGUAUUUUGGCCCGGUCUCAGCGGAGACAUAAAGUCACUGAUCAAACGAUGUGCCACCUGCCAGGAGUUCUCUUACCAGCAAGCCCAGGAGCCAUUAGUAAUGAGACAAGUACCCUCCCGUCCAUGGCAACGAAUUGGAGUCGACUUGUGCCAGUACGCCAGAAAGUAUUUUCUAGUUGCCUACGAUGCGUACUCGAACUUCCCGGAAGUUGAACAGCUAGACAACACGAAUGCACACACCGUGGUGGAAAAACUAGGAAGUAUAUUCGCACCGCACGGGAUUCCGUUGGAGAAAAAGGAGUUCAAGUGGCUAAACGCAUUCUACAGAAAUCCAUGA